CACCCACCUGUGCCACUCAUCAGUGUCACACACCUGUGCCCAGAAGUGCACACCUACCUGUGCCCAGCAGUGCCACCCACCUGUGCCCACCAGUGCCACCCACCUGUGCCCAACCACCAGUGCCGCCCACCAGUGCAGCCCAGCAGUGCUGCCAGUCAGUGCCGCCAGUCAGUGCCCAGCGGUUGUGCCAGUCAGUGCCGCCAGUCAGUGACCAGCAGUGAUGCCAGUCAGUGCCGUCUAUCAGUACCCAUCAUCAGUGUCACCUAUCAGUGCCGCCUAUCAGUGCUGCCUAUCCGUGCCACCUCAUUAGUACUGCCUAUCAGUGCCCUUUAG